CUCAUUUCUUCAGACGUCGUAAGUCUCUCAAAAUGCAGAGCACGGCGUUCGCCCUCUCCCCUCCGCUCCCCUCCCUCAGAUCGCCGUCGCUCCGGAGCCGCCGCCGGUGCUUAGGUUUCGGAUUCGAUCCCGUUCGCCUCUCCGCCGUCGCCAUCUCUCGCGAUCUCUCUUCUCCCGAUGACGCCCCUUCUGGCCUCCCGGCCGUUCGUAGUUUCCCGCCUAGAUGCUGGUCCUCCGGCCCUCCUCCGCCUCUCUCCUCUUGGAGGCUUAGGCCGUGGAGCGGCGUGCGCGGUUUCGGUUGCGACCGGGAGAAGAGCCGUUUCGAGGUUAGGGCGACGUCGGUCCCUGAAGCUGCCGGCGACCGAGAGAAGUCGGGGAGCAUGGCGAAGACGUUGGAGCUUGGUCUGUUGUUUGGGCUCUGGUAUCUCUUCAACAUCUACUUCAACAUCUAUAAUAAGCAGGUUCUAAAGGUUUACCACUACCCAGCAACCAUCACUAUGAUACAAUUUGCAGUAGGAUCUGUCCUUGUUCUGUUCAUGUGGACAUUUAAUCUCUACAAAAGGCCAAACCUCAGUCGUUCACAGCUUAUGGCAAUUGUCCCACUGGCAGUGGUACACACGUUGGGUAAUCUCUUCACUAACAUGAGUCUUGGAAAAGUAGCUGUUUCCUUCACUCAUACAAUCAAGGCCAUGGAGCCCUUCUUCUCAGUUAUCCUAUCUGCAAUGUUUCUGGGAGAGAUGCCAACUCCCUGGGUUGUUGGUUCCCUGUUGCCAAUUGUUGGUGGAGUUGCAUUAGCAUCCAUGACCGAGGCUUCUUUUAACUGGGCGGGGUUUUGGAGUGCAAUGGCUUCAAAUCUAACCAAUCAAUCUCGAAAUGUUCUUAGCAAAAAAGUCAUGGUGAAAAAAGAGGAAUCGAUGGACAACAUCACUCUCUUCUCAAUUAUAACAAUCAUGUCGUUUAUUCUACUAUUCCCUGCAACAUGUUACAUGGAAGGUUUCAAAUUUACUCCUGGCUACUUUGAAUUGGCCGCAAAGAGUGGAUUGAAUGUUAAACAAGUAUUGGUCAGGUCUUUACUAGCUGCCCUUUCCUUCCAUGCUUAUCAGCAGGUCUCCUAUAUGAUUUUACAAAGAGUAUCUCCUGUCACCCAUUCUGUUGGUAAUUGUGUGAAGCGGGUUGUAGUCAUUGUCAGUUCUGUUCUUUUCUUCCGAACACCAGUUUCCCCCAUCAAUUCUAUAGGUACUGGCAUUGCCCUCGCUGGGGUUUUCCUUUACUCCAGGGUGAAGAGGAUUAAGCCGAAGCCAAAGACGGCAUGAAGUCAUUUUGGUCUGGCAGAAUUUGCUAUUUGCUUCUACUUUGCGCAAGGUUUAUUCUUUUGCAAAGACUAAAUAAUUGUACCCCGAUUGGUUGGCAAUGGCAAGGCACCUUGAAUU